GUGUGUGUAAGUACAGGAGAGCAGUGUGUACGUGAGUGGACUGGAAGACACAAGUCAGCAACGUGCUCUCGCACUGCCGGGGUCCGAAUCGUGCUGAAAUAAUGGCGAAGAUAGUGACAGUGAAGACGAAGCCCUACACGGACCAGAAGCCGGGCACGAGCGGCCUCAGGAAGCGCGUCACCGUCUUCCAGAAGAACGAGAACUACGCGGAGAACUUCAUCCAGAGCAUCAUCUCGGCCAUCGAGCCCGCGGAGCGGCCGCAGGGCACGCUGGCGGUCGGGGGCGAUGGCCGCUUCUUCAUGACCCACGCCAUCGAGCUCAUCGUGCGCAUCGCCGCCGCCAACGGGAUUAGUCGCCUAGUGAUCGGUCAGCAUGGCAUCAUGUCCACUCCAGCCGUGUCCUGUGUAAUUCGAGAGAUCAAGGCCAUUGGAGGCAUCAUACUCACAGCCAGCCACAACCCUGGUGGUCCAAAUGGGGACUUUGGCAUCAAAUUCAACAUUUCCAGUGGAGGCCCUGCCCCUGAGGCUGUCACCAACAAAAUCUUCGAGAUCAGCAAAACCCUUGGGGAGUACGUCAUAUGCCCUGACCUCAAAGUGGACCUGUCUACUAUUGGCAAGCAAACGUUUCAGCUGGACAACAAACCCAGUCCCUUCACAGUGGAGAUUGUGGAUUCUGUGGAAUCCUAUGCCAACAUGCUGAGGAACAUCUUUGAUUUUGCUGCCCUGAAGGAGCUCCUGUCAGGACCCAAUCAUAUCAAGGUCCGUUUAGAUGCCAUGCAUGGAGUGGUGGGGCCCUACGUGAAGAAGAUAGUGUGUGAGGAGUUGGGUGCUCCUGCCAACUCUGCAGUUAACUGUGUCCCUAAGGAGGACUUUGGGGGACAUCACCCUGACCCCAAUCUCACCUACGCUUCUGACCUUGUGGAGAAUAUGAAGGGCGGCGAGUAUGACUUCGGAGCGGCUUUUGAUGGUGAUGGAGAUCGGAACAUGGUCCUGGGGAAGCACGGCUUCUUCGUCAACCCCUCUGACUCAGUGGCUGUCAUCGCAGCCAACAUCACCUGCAUCCCCUACUUCCAGAAGACUGGUGUUAAGGGCCUUGCUCGGAGCAUGCCCACCAGCGGAGCGCUGGACAGUGUUGCUAACACCUUGAAGAUGCAACUCUAUGAGACACCUACAGGAUGGAAGUUCUUUGGGAACUUAAUGGAUGCAGGCAAGCUGUCUCUCUGCGGAGAGGAAAGUUUUGGCACAGGUUCUGAUCACAUACGUGAGAAAGAUGGGCUGUGGGCAGUGCUGGCUUGGUUGUCAAUCCUGGCAACACGGAAGCAGAGUGUGGAAGACAUAAUGAAGGACCACUGGCAGAAGUUUGGCAGGAAUUUCUUCACCAGGUAUGAUUAUGAGGAGGUGGACUCUGAUGCCGCCAACAAGAUGAUCAAAGACUUGGAGGCAGUCAUGUUUGACAAGUCCUUCGUAGGUCAGAAGUACACAGAGGGGGACAAGACCUACCAGGUGGGGAAAGCUGACAACUUUGAGUACAGCGACCCAGUGGAUGGGAGUGUCUCAAAGAACCAGGGCUUGAGGAUCAUCUUCUCUGAUGGAUCUCGCAUCAUCUUCCGACUCAGUGGGACGGGUAGUGCUGGGGCAACCAUUAGGCUCUACAUAGACAGCUAUGAGAAGGACCCUCAGAAGAUAUACCAGGACCCUCAGGUCAUGUUGGCACCUCUGGUGAAGAUUGCCUUGAAGAUCUCUCAGCUCCAUGAGAAAACAGGCCGCAGCGGCCCCACCGUUAUCACGUGAUCAUCCUGCGUGGCCUUCCAGGACUCAGCCACACCACCAUAGUGUGCGAACCACACUCUCACCAGCCCAUGUCACCUCACUGUGUCUGUGCCUCACCAAAAUACUGUAUUCUCAAUCUAGAAUAAAGGAAAAUAACACAAAAAUAAAACAGUACCCUAAAGCGUA